CAAGUGAGGGAGGCGCAGCUUGAAAUUUAUAGGGAUAAAUUUGUCUUUUGGUUUGGUUUAGUGCAACAGGCUAAUGUGUUCUUUGGGAAUGGGAAAUUUUCGUAUGCCCGGGCGCAUGAGGCAUCUUUUCUUUUGGGAUUCGAUCGUUAUUGGGGAGGAAUACUGAAACUUGGUAUACUUUCACACGUAACAACUCUAUACUUUCUCCCAGACCAGAGCUCUAAUCUCUCUUCCCUGUUUUUUUUUCUAAUUACACCUCUACAGCUGGAUCUGAAAUACGAUAGUGAGUUAUUAAACCAACCACCAGCGAAACAUCCUGCUUCCCUUGCAGCGGCUGUGGACGCCGAUGGCUCCUCCUGUUGAUUCCAACUGUUAGCGCUUAUUUCAAAAGUCAGCUCGACCUUGCUUGCGCCGCCGUCGUACGACAAAUAUCUCUAUGGUUUGAUCUAUUUUUGGUUUGGCGUUCGCGAUCAGCGGUGGCUUUGUCAUUUUCGCCGACGGCUCUGUGUUCUAGAAUCUUCCGGAGGUAUCAAGCUGCGUUGCGAGUACGGUUCACGGAGUUUUUUGGGUGUAGAGGGUGAUGUGAAUGCUCGGAAUCCCACGUUUUUAGUUAAUCAACACCCAAACACAGCAAUUUCAUAACAAAGGAAGCUAUCCUUCGCAAGAAUAGGCAGAUAGAUCUGCCCACCAAUCAAGUUUUGAAAAGCUGUUCUCUUUAUUGCUCCGCUAUUUGCCUUUCUCAAGAAACGGCCAGUGUUUACAUUCUGCGGCCAAAGAGGGCAUCAUGGAUGGAGCCCUGAUGGAAGUGUUAGGGGUGUCACGGGUGUGGUCCGGAGGCCUGCUUAUGAAAUUUCAAUUUCAGAAAGUCAAUGAUGAACUGCUGCAGAAGCUGAACGCAAAGUUGUUGUCAGUUACUGAGGAGGCCAAUACUGCAGAGGAUAAGGAGUACCAGGAUCCAACGGUUAAAAGGUGUCUGCACGAGCUUAAAGAUGCUGUCUAUCAUGCAGAGGAUCUCAUCGAUGAGGCUCUCACCGGAGAUGAAGCUCAUACCAGGAGAAGUAAGUCAGGCAAACUCCUUUCUUUUUCUAAGAGAGAUAAAAUCCAAACAUUGCAUAUUGAAAGAAAGAUGAAAAAGAUGCUUCAGAGGAUUGAAGAUAUUUCGACAGAUAUUAAUUCACUUGAUAAGAAAGAGAGAGGAUAUAACAUGAAAAAGGAAAAGUCUCCGCUCAUGUCUACUUCCUCUAUCGUAGAUGAGUCUGAAAUUUUCGGUUUGAAUGAUAAUAAAAAAGAAAUUAUUGGGGUCUUGCUGCAUAAAACUGGUCAACGGUUGUCUGUGAUUCGUAUCGUGGGCAUGGGUGGGAUAGGCAAAACCGCACUUGCUCAGAUCGUUUACAAUGAUCCCCAAGUAAUAGAUCAUUUUGAGCUGAGGGUCUGGAUUUGCAUUUCAGAUCAUUCUGACAUGUUCAGUGUGACAAAAGCAAUUUUUGAGUCCUUAACUUUGAAGCAUUGUGAUCUCAAUGAUCUAAAUUCGCUUCAAGUUAGAUUGAAGCAAAUCCUUGAAGGAAAUAGAUUUUUACUUGUUCUAGAUGAUAUGUGGAAUGAUAAUUACAAGGAGUGGGAGCUCUUACGAGCUCCUUUUAAAGAUGCCGCAUAUGGAAGUUGUGUUGUUGUAACUACACGCUCUCAUAGAGUUCCAGCAACGAAUGGCACCGUCGAUACUUAUACUAUGCAACCAUUAUCAGAUGAACACAGUUGGAACUUGUUUGCAACUUCUGCUUUUGGAGACAAAGAACCUAGAUCAAAUAAACUAGAAGAUAUUCAAAAAGAAAUUUUGAGUAGGUGUAGUGGCUUGCCUUCAGCAAUAAAAGCAAUUGGCAAUAUCUUGGGCUCCAAAAACCUUGAUGAAUGGCAAGAUCACCUGCUACGGCCGUCUCUAAGUGAAGAAAUGUGUGCUCUCUCCUCAAUAAAACUAAGCUAUUAUGCUCUUCCCACAUAUCUAAAGCGAUGCUUUGCAUAUUGUUCAAUAUUUCCCCGGGGUUAUAAAUUUCUGAAAGAGAAGUUAGUCCUCUUAUGGAUGGCAGAAGGUCUUCUGCAACUGCCAGAAGAAAAAAGAAGAAUGGAAGAGGUUGGUGACGAGUACUUUCGUGAAUUAGUCUUGAGGUCUUUUUUUCUCCAAUCAAGUGGAAGCACUUCAAAAUACGUGAUGCCCGACCUUUGGAAUGACACUUCACAUUUCGUGAUGCAUGACCUUUUGACUGACUUGGCUGUUUCUGUGUCUGGGGAAUAUUGCUUCACGUUGAAGGGAAAUCUUCUUUCUGGUAUCUCUGCAAGAACUCGGCAUUUGUCACUUUUAAAAAGCAACAAUACCCCAGUGAUAUUUGAGGCCAUUCAUAAUGCCAAGUUCUUAAGGACCUUUUUGCCACUGGAUCAUCAAUCUUGUCAUUUAGAUUAUAACGAACUGAAGGAUUUGUUGUCCAAACUAAAAUUCUUACGGGUGCUUUCGCUAUCUCAUUAUCACAUCACCAAGCUACCCAAAUCAAUUUGCAAAUUGAUACACUUACGGUAUGUGGAUCUAUCUCACACCGCACUUGAGAGGUUACCUAGAUCAGUUUGUACUCUCAUAAAUUUACAAACAUUGAUAUUGUCAAAUUGUCUUUCUCUUACUGAAUUGCCCGAAGACUUGUGGAAGCUUGUCAACUUGCGUCAUCUUGAUAUUAAUGGAACUGACUUAAGUCAGAUGCCAAAGAAAAUGAGUAAAUUAGAAAAUCUUGGAACACUACCUUACUUUAUUGUGGGCAAAGAAAGUGACUCAACAGUCAAAGAGUUGGGGGGGCUUUUGUAUCUUCAUGGAGCACUUCGCAUUUCAAUGUUGCAGAACGUAGUCUCUCCAAAAGAUGCAGCUGAAGCUGGCUUGGUAGCUAAGAGAUACCUUGACGAGCUAGUGUUAGAAUGGGAUGGUGAUACUGUUGAUCUUGUCAAUGCUUUGGAUCUGCUUGAACAGUUAGUGCCUCAUACAAAUUUGAAGCAGCUUAGCAUUAAAUUUUACAGUGGUAAAGGUUUUCCACAUUGGUUGGGGGAUUUUUCAUUCUCCAACAUGGUGUAUCUACGUCUUACCAAGUGCAAGAAAUGCAAAGAAUUGCCAACACUCGGGCAGCUGCCAUCUCUUGAAGUCCUCAUCAUUGAAGGGAUGACUGCAGUAAAGAGGGUGGGUACUGAAUUCUACGGGAAAGAAAUGCCAUUUAAGUCUUUGAAGACUCUGACAUUUGAGGGGAUGUUGGAGUGGGAAGAAUGGACUUCAUUUGAAGGUGGAGAAUUCCCUGAAUUCCCCGAAUUCCCCUGCCUACGAAUGCUUCGUAUACAGAAUUGCCCCAAGUUGAAAGGACACUUGCCCAAGCAAGCUCCUUCUUUAGAACUUCAGAUUUCUGAAUGUGAGCAGCUUGAGAGUAGACAUUCAUUAUCGUUGACUCAAUGUGCCAUAGGUGCAGUCCCAACAGAAGGCAAAGUUGCCAAGACCGUAAAAGAAAUCUCAGAAAUGGAAGGAAGGGGGGGAUGCGAGGAAGAAAUAGGUUUAGCAAAAGCAACAACUUCUGAAACAAAAGGGACUAAACUGGAACAAACAGAAAUCAUUGAAGAACGUCCUUCACUUUUUCGUUUUUCAGAUGAAAGAUCCCAAGUGCCCUCGACCCAAGGUGCCAUAGAAUCCGUCUUACCGACCAUCACUGAAGUUUCUAAGACACAGAAAGAAACCACAGAAACAGAAGAAAGUGGGGAAAGUGAGGAGGAAACAGGUUUAGAAAUAGCAAAAACUUCAGAGACAGAAGGGACUAAAGUGGAACAAAAGGAAGUCGUCAAAGAAGAUCCUUCUCGUUCUCUUUUUUCAGAUGAAAAAUUCUCAUUGCCCUCAACUCAAAGUACCAUGAAAUCCUCAUUCCCGACGGCUGAAGAUGCUGUAGAUACCUCAUUUCCCAUGACUCAAGUUUCUAAGGUAGUCAUAGACGCCCCAGAAACACAAGGAAGGGGUAGAAGUGAGGAGGGAACCAAUUUAGAAAUAACGAAAGCUUCAGUAACAGAAGGGACUAAAGUGGAGCAAACAGAAGCCAAUGUGGAAGAUCCUCUUCCAUCUCCUUUUUCAGAAGGAAAAUCCUCAUCGCCCUCGACUCAAAAUGCUACGACAGCCUCAUUCCCUACAACUGAAGGUGUUACAGUUUCUAAGGCAGUCAUAGACGCCCCAGAAACACAAGGAAGGGGUGGAAGUGAGGAGGGAACCAGUUUAGAAAAAAAGAAAGCUUCUGUAACAGAAGGGACUAAAGUGGAGCAAAAGGAAGUCAAUGUGGAAGAUCCUCUUCCAUCUCCUUUUCCGGAAGGAAAAUCCUCAUUGCCCUCGACUCAAAAUGCUACGACGGCCUCAUUCCCUACAACUGAAGGUUUUACAGUUUCUAAGGCAGUCAUAGACGCCCCAGAAACACAAGGAAGGGGUGGAAGUGAGGAGGGAACCAGUUUAGAAAUAAAGAAAGCUUCAGUAACAGAAGGGACUAAAGUGGAGCAAAAGGAAGUCAAUGUGGAAGAUCCUCUUCCAUCUCCUUUUCCUGAAGGAAAAUCCUCAUCGCCCUCGACUCAAAAUGCUACGACAGCCUCAUUCCCUACAACUGAAGGUUUUACAGUUUCUAAGGCAGUCAUAGACGCCCCAGAAACACAAGGAAGGGGUGGAAGUGAGGAGGGAACCAGUUUAGAAAUAAAGAAAGCUUCAGUAACAGAAGGGACUAAAGUGGAGCAAAAGGAAGUCAAUGUGGAAGAUCCUCUUCCAUCUCCUUUUCCAGAAGGAAAAUCCUCAUCGCCCUCGACUCAAAAUGCUACGACAGCCUCAUUCCCUACAACUGAAGGUUUUACAGUUUCUAAGGCAGUCAUAGACGCCCCAGAAACACAAGGAAGGGGUGGAAGUGAGGAGGGAACCAGUUUAGAAAUAAAGAAAGCUUCAGUAACAGAAGGGACUAAAGUGGAGCAAAAGGAAGUCAAUGUGGAAGAUCCUCUUCCAUCUCCUUUUCCUGAAGGAAAAUCCUCAUCGCCCUCGACUCAAAAUGCUACGACAGCCUCAUUCCCUACAACUGAAGGUUUUACAGUUUCUAAGGCAGUCAUAGACGCCCCAGAAACACAAGGAAGGGGUGGAAGUGAGGAGGGAACCAGUUUAGAAAUAAAGAAAGCUUCAGUAACAGAAGGGACUAAAGUGGAGCAAAAGGAAGUCAAUGUGGAAGAUCCUCUUCCAUCUCCUUUUCCUGAAGGAAAAUCCUCAUCGCCCUCGACUCAAAAUGCUACGACAGCCUCAUUCCCUACAACUGAAGGUUUUACAGUUUCUAAGGCAGUCAUAGACGCCCCAGAAACACAAGGAAGGGGUGGAAGUGAGGAGGGAACCAGUUUAGAAAUAAAGAAAGCUUCAGUAACAGAAGGGACUAAAGUGGAGCAAAAGGAAGUCAAUGUGGAAGAUCCUCUUCCAUCUCCUUUUCCAGAAGGAAAAUCCUCAUCGCCCUCGACUCAAAAUGCUACGACAGCCUCAUUCCCUACAACUGAAGGUUUUACAGUUUCUAAGGCAGUCAUAGACGCCCCAGAAACACAAGGAAGGGGUGGAAGUGAGGAGGGAACCAGUUUAGAAAUAAAGAAAGCUUCAGUAAUAGAAGGGACUAAAGUGGAGCAAAUGGAAGUCAAUGUGGAAGAUCCUCUUCCAUCUCCUUUUUCAGAAGGAAAAUCCUCAUCGCCCUCGACUCAAAAUGCUACGACAGCAUCAUUCCCUACAACUAAAGGUGUUACAGAAGCAGAAGAAAGUAGGGACAGUGCUGAAGAUGAUGUUCUGAGUGACACCUGGUCCAACUCCUCUUUUGAAAGCAUGAAAGUUUCAGAAAUAUCAGAAUUGAUGGCACUGCCAACGCCAUUACAUAGUCUCAAAAUUGAAGGAUGUGAUGAUCUGACAUCCAUACCUGAAAGUGUGAUAAAGAACCCUUCUCUCCAACAUUUGUAUAUCAUUAAUUGUUGUUCUCUCGAGUCCUUUCCCCUUGAAGGCAUGGUCUUGAAAAUUCUUUAUAUCCGGAAUUGCAAGAAAUUAGAUUUUCCCCUUGCAACUGAGAAUAUAAAGCUGUGUAAACUUGAAGAUUUGAGUGUAGGGAGUAGCUGUGAUUCCCUGAAAGAUCUCUCCUUACACUUGUUUCCAGAACUUAGAAGUCUUUCUAUUUGGGAUUGUGCAGAACUGCAGAAACUAUCAAUGCCACAAAAUAGUCAGAGAGAACUCACAUCUCUUGAGGCCUUGGAGAUCAGGGAUUGUCCUAAUCUGGAAAAUUUUCCAACAGGAGGAUUGCCUACCCCCAAUUUGAAGUCCAUUUGGUUCUCUAAUUGCAAGAGUCUCAAGAAACUACCUGAUCAGUUGAGCACUCUUGAAUGUCUCAAGUCAAUGUUUAUAAAUGAUUGCCCAGAACUUGAAACACUCUCAGAACAGGUUUUGCCUUCGAAACUUAGUUUGCUCAGGAUCAAUUUCUGCAACAAACUCAUUCCCCAGACGGAGUGGGGGUUGCAUGGGCUUGCCAGUCUCUGUCUUUUGGAGAUUGAAGGUGGAUGUAAAAACGUGGAGUCAUUCCCAGUGGAAGGAUUACUGCCCAGCAAUCUCAGUUCUCUACGCAUCAGUAAACUUUCGGAUCUCGAAAAGUUGGACAACGCGGGCCUAAAGAAACUUGAGUCCCUUAAAACACUGGAGAUUAGCUGCUGUGACAAACUCCAGUUCUUGCCAGAAGAUGGUUUUCCAUCCUCCCUCUCUUUCCUCUGCAUUAAGGAGUGUCCAUUGUUGACACCAAAACUCCACAAUAAGAAUCGAGAAGACUGGUCGAAGAUAGCUCACAUUUCUUGCAUUGAAAUUGAUGAGGAAGUAAUCUCAUGAGUGGGGCUUUCAGCGAGGCCAAUAUUGUAGACUUCUUGGACCACCAGGAAUUGCUUAAGUUUCAAAGUGGGUAGUGCCGAUAUUGAUUUGCAUUUGCCUUCUACUAUGUUAUCGAUCGAUUUUGCAGUCUUCCAAUUCUAAUAUUCAGAACAAGUUUGAAGAUGUAUUGUUGUGGCUUAUAUGUUUAGGAGAAGAAUCUGAAAAGAAUGUGGAGUGAAUUUCUUUUAGUAACUACUUUGAUAUAUUUUGGUGUUAAAUGUAAGCUGGAUGUGACUUGAGAAACUGUUUAUUUUUUUAUUGUGAGUUGGCCAUUGUAUUUAUAUGGCCUUGGCUAAACCAAAACAAAAAAAGAGUGUUAAGUUCAGUGUGAUGAGAUAUAAAUUGAUUUGAGUUUGUCAGGGUUUAAAGGUGUUUUACAAAAGUUGGUUUGAGUGUUUCCAAUUCAUAUUAGAAACUCUAGACUAAUAGUGGAUUUUGAUUGGCAUUUUGCUUGUGGAUGUAAA